AUGGCCUAUGAUGCACAGUUGAAGUCCGGACAUAUUUUUGAUUAUGACGAAUUUUUGGGACGGAAAACUAGGGCUAUUUUGAGCCCUAAUUUGGCCAUUAUAGGGUUGGGUCGGGUGGGUCGACCACAACUCUGUCUGCUUGAGAAUAUGUCUGGGUUGCAGCCAGCGAUUUUCUGGUUGCUAUGCUAUUUCCACGAUUCAUUUUCUCCGCUGACAAAUCAACGUAGCAAGGACCUGUACAAGACACGGACGCACAGAGACACCCCUUUUGGGAGAAAAAUCGUAGGGCGAUUCCUUUCCCACGGUUUUUUUUUCUUCUUGUGGCCAUUUGACAUCUCAAAGACACUCACAAAACAAGCGCAGUGGGGAACCCCUUUUCUCGGUAGUAGGAUUACCUGUUUAGGCAAAAAAAAUUUCUUGCGUAUACUUCUCUUUCGUAAUACGAAGAUACUCUCUUAUUGGUUUCUACUGGUUACAGAAAUCUCAGUCCUGGUAGUAGUGGCGACUAGAAGGCAGGCAAAAAAAGAAAAGAAUUGA